AUGUUAGUUCAUUGUGUAAACUUUUCUUUAACAUUUAAAAUUUUAUUAUUUGGAAUUCAUAAAUGGAGUUCUCAUCUAUGUGUUCAUAUAUUACAUACCCCAUACGGGAUUUCAUCUCAACCGUUUACAACCGCGAGGUUCUCUCUCUCUCUCUCUCUCAUGGUUGUUGUUUAUAUUUUUGUUUUUCACCCCGUUACAGGAUUAGGGUUUCGUCGUCACGACUGUAACUGUAUUUCAUCGAUGGAUACCAAUAAUGGAGUACCGAAUCAAGGUGAUUGGAGAGGUCAAUUGCACCCUGGAUCACGCCAAAGAAUUGUCAACAAAAUAAUGGAAGCUAUAAAAAAGCAUUUACCCGUGUGUGGUCAAGAGGGAUUGCUUGCAAUUCACAACAUUGCCCAAAUGUUUGAAGACAAGGUUUUUACUAUUGCAACAAGCCAGUAUGAUUAUAUAAAGAAAAUAUCUAUGAAGAUGCUUGCAUUUGAGACUCAAUUCCAGAGCACUACGGUCACCAAUAUAACAUCAUUAUUGGAUAUGCUUACACUAGAGGCGGACCCCCAGGACACUAUGGCCAACACUAUAACAUCAUCUGUGGAUAGGGAGACUGAAUCCCAGGGCAAUAUGGCCAACAAGGAGACUGAAUCCCAGGGCAAUAUGGCCAACAAUAUAACAUCAUCUUUGGAUAUGCAGACUGAAUCCCAGGGCACUGUGGCCAACAAUAUGACAUCGAAUCAAGUUGCCCCUAUCAAUGAACUUCUUGACCCAGAGUGGAUUUUUACUUAUUCAACAAACAAGGCUGAUUAUGAGGCAUUGAAAUCUAACUACCAGGGCUCUGAGAAGAACUUUAUAGCAUUGGAGUUGGCACAACUAAUGAAAUGA